UACAAGAUGGCGGAUCUAAAGUACAUGUCAGGAUUUGGUAAUGAAUUUGCAUCUGAAGCUCUUCCAGGAGCUCUUCCCAAGGGUCAGAAUAACCCCAAGAAAUGUCCCUAUGGUCUAUAUAAUGAACAGUUGUCUGGAUCUGCCUUCACAGCCCCUCGUAAAGACAAUGUUCGAAGCUGGCUGUACAGGAUCCGUCCAUCUGUGAUGCACAAACCAUUUGARCCUCUUGAUGAGGGAAUUGUGUCAAGUAACUGGAAUGAAGUUCCUCCAAAUCCUAACCAAAUGCGCUGGAAGCCCUUUGAUCUUCCAGAAGAAGGCAGCACUGUGGAUUUUGUUCAAGGUUUAAAAACAAUUUGCGGUGCAGGAGAUACUCGCAGUCGUCAUGGCAUUGCUGUUUAUGUUUUCUCUUGUAAUGUCUCUAUGAACAACAAGUGUCUUUACAGCUCUGAUGGUGAUUUUCUUAUUGUACCACAAAAGGGAACUUUACUGGUGACAACAGAGUUUGGAAAAAUGCAAGUCAAACCAACUGAUAUCUGUGUGAUUCAGCUUGGUGUACGGUUCUCUGUAGCGGUGGAGGAGGCAUCCAGAGGCUACAUUCUUGAGGUCUUUGAUGGGCACUUUGAGCUGCCAAAUCUUGGCCCAAUAGGUGCCAAUUGUCUUGCCAACCCACGUGAUUUCCAAACACCAGUAGCUUGGUAUGAAAACAGAGAAGCUGAUUUUACUGUUGUUUCCAAAUAUCAAGGAAAGCUAUUUGCUGCAUCACAGAAUCAUUCUCCAUUUGAUGUUGUUGCCUGGCAUGGAAACUAUGCUCCUUAUAAAUACAACCUAUCUGACUUUGUGGCACUAAACUCUGUAACCAAAGACCAUGUGGAUCCAUCCAUUUUUACAGUCUUAACCUGUCAGAGCAAUAAACCAGGCACAGCCAUUGCUGACUUUGUGAUAUUUCCACCGCGGUGGUCAGUUGCAGAGAAUACAUUUAGACCACCAUAUUAUCACCGGAACUGCAUGAGUGAGUUUAUGGGAAAUAUUUUUGGAAAAUAUGAAGCUAAGGAGGAUGGUUUCUUGCCUGGUGGUGCAAGCCUUCAUAGUAUGAUGACCCCCCACGGCCCUGACAGACAAUGCUUUGAGGGUGCAUCCAACGCUGACGAUAAACCGGUGAAAAUUGAAGGCACCUUGUCUUUUAUGUUUGAAUCAUCUUUGAGCUURGCUGUCACCAAGUGGGGAUUAGAAACCUGUCAGAAACUACAACCAGAAUAUUACAAAAUAUGGCAAGAUCUUCCAAAAACCUUUGAUCCCAAAAAUCCUUAAUAUCUUUGGUUUGAAGUAACAUAGGGUUAUCAAAAACCCAAUUGAGUGGAAGACGAAAUGCUUAAAGCACUAAUAAUUGAUAWAAUAAAAACAGAGAAUCCAUGCAAGAAAAAAGAACUGCA